AAGUUUCCUGCCCUCCAGUGUGAUUCGGCGGCCGGGCAGCAGUCAGCAGUCAGCAGGCGGCGACCCGCGGAGCCGAGUCGAGUCCAAGAAAGGUGGAGACUCCUGGUCAACUUCCUGCACGAUAAUCGUGUGGCGCCGCCGAGAGAGGAGAAGAGGAAGAAGAAGGAGGAGGAGAAGAAGAAGAAGGAGAAGAAGAAGAAGAAGGAGAAGAAGAAGAAGAAGAAGAAGAAGACGACGACGUCGGGAGGCGGGCUGUGCUGCUGCUUCUGCCGCCGCCGGGCUCGAGACGAAUGGAUAUACGGCUCCUGUGACUCCUCUGACCGGCGGAGAGAAGACACCUUAGCGGGUCGAUCGCAGCAGCAGCGACCCGGCUAGCCGCGUAGCUAGCACGCGAGGGCGGCUCGGAUACGACGUUCCCCAGCGGCCGACGGCGACGGGGCGUCGCGAAAGCGGGCAGGAAUGGCGAGCGGGUUUUUAAAGUUAGCCCCCCGGACGGUUAGCUAGCGGUUUAGCCUAGCCGGCUAGCUCGGGCGGUUAACCGGAUAACGCCGCCACCGCUCCAUCAUCCAUCCCUGGAGUCGGCUGCAUGUUGUUUUCUUCUAGCUAACGCUAGCACGAAGCCGCCGCGCCCCCCCCGGACCGGAGCCGAUGUCGUCACGGCCCCGACGCAGAACCGCGGCGCUGGUGUUUCCCCACUGCCCCAAAAAGUUAGGAGUCAUCGGCGGACGUGUGUAUUUGUUGGAACAGCCACUGACGAGCGACUCCUCCUGACACCAGAGGUCGUGGUGGAGUACGAGUACGAGGCGCUCCACGAGGACGAGCUGACCCUGCGACCUGGCGAAGUCAUCAAGAACGUGCGGUACAUCGAGGAGGACGGCUGGAUGGAGGGCGACCUCAACGGGAAAAGGGGGCUCUUCCCCGACAACUUUGUGAAGGAGGUGAAGAAAGAGUCCAAAGAGGUCAAGGAAACAAAGAGCGAGCCAAAAGAGGAGACGUCUCAGCCCCAGAGGAGAGAGAAGAGCGCCGGGAACGUGGCCAACCUGGUUCAGAGGAUGAGCACCAUCGGCAUCCCCACUGGUGGCUUCCAGCUUCCACCACCACCACCACCAGCAGCUGCAAAGAAGCCCAAGAGGAGACAGUGCAAGGCGCUGUUUGAUUACCAGCCGCAGAACGAGGAUGAGCUGGAGCUGAAAAGCGGAGACAUCAUAGACGUCACCGAAGAGGUCGAAGAGGGCUGGUGGAACGGCAACUUGAACGGCAAGUCGGGACUGUUCCCGUCCAACUUCGUCAAAGAGCUGGACGCCAUGGGAGAGGACGGCGAGACCAUGGACACCGCGGCAGACGAGACCGAUGGAAGUGGAAUGGAAAGCACCGCCGCCUCUACGUCGCCCCAGCCCGCCCCAGGGAACGGAGUCAUCGCUCAGCCCAAGAAGAUCCGAGGCGUCGGCUUCGGAGAUAUUUUCCGCGAGGGGUCGGUCAAACUCAAGGUCCGCCUUCCCAGCCCCGACACGGAGGAGAAGAAGGAAAGACCAGUCCCAUCAUUACCAUCUGCCGCAAAGCCCGCCCACCCCAACAUGACAGACUUGCAGCGAGCAGACGGAGACGGCAAAUCCAAAGCUAAGGAGUACUGCAAGGUCACGUAUGCCUUCGAGGCCACGAACGAAGACGAGCUGAGCCUGAGAGAGGGCGAACUCAUCCACAUCCUGAGCAAGGACACAGGCGAGCCCGGCUGGUGGCGAGGGGAGAUCGGAGGCAGAGAAGGCGUCUUCCCCGACAACUUUGUGUCCACGGUUUCUGAAGCAGAGAAAGAGUCUCCCUCGCCAAGAGGUUCGUUGAAGUCAUCGCCCAAGCAAGAGCUGGACGAGAAGCCGAAGAAGCCACCUCCACCAUCAAAAAGCAUAGCUCUCAAACCGGAGGUUCCCAGUGCCGACAAGAAACCUCAUUCCAUCAGGACAGAGGACAGAGUUGAAAGGCCCACGCCAGAUCACAGACCAUCCAAGCCUGCAGCGCCAGUGGUCCCGCCCAAGAAGCCGAUCCCCCCUCCAGGGAAAGGUCGACAGGGAGGCGUCCCACCAAAGAGGCCCGACAAGCCUCUCACUCCAUCGCCAAGCCUCAAGCACAAUGGAGAGGUGCCUUCCACGCGACCAAAGUCUGAGUUUGAGCUAUUAAUUCCCACCAAACCCAAAACGCUGUCUGGAGACUGGGGGGACAAGUCCUCCGAUAUGGCAGAUCUGAUGAGUUUCGAUGAGCUGUCGUCUGCGUCGGAGAAGCUCUCUCACCCCACCGUUAACAGACCAAAGAUGCCUGGCAGGAGGCUGCCUGCACAGUUUGGCGGAGGACAGUCGCCCAACAAGGAAGUGAGUGUGGAAAAAUCCUUUAAGGUCGAUGAAGAGGAUGCGGCCAAACCGAAGCUAACGGAAACCAGAAAGCCUGCAACAAACACAUUAUCCCAGUCGACGUAUCUCCACAAGCCGAACGCGGCCAGCAGCGAGCCCAAGCCGAGCCCCGCGGCGGGAGCCCCAAGCUCAAACAGCAUCGCCCACAGUGUCCGGGGCCGGCUGGAGCCCGAGGAGCCGAGCUCCCAGCUGGACGAGCUCAGGGGCCAGAUGAAGGAGCUGCUGCUGUCCGUGGAGCUGCUCAAGGCCCAGCAAACGAAAGAGAUAGCGGAGCUACGGCGAGAGCUGGAUGAGGAGAGGAUAAAGCGCGUGACCCUGCAGAUGGAGAUAGAAAAACUCAAGCGGACGGUCCACUCGACGUGAAGCUGGCAAGCUUCGAGGUCAGCUGCUGGUCUGUCGACCAACCAGAGAGCAGGAGGGCGGUGACGGGACAGACGGAGCGGACGGAGAGAGGGUGGGGGGGGGGGGGGGGGGGGGGGGGGGUUGGGGGGAGUCUCAUGAACCACCUGGAGCACAAUCCUUUUUUUUCCAGUGAUCUACAAUAAUAAACUCUCCCCUUAUUUGUAAGAUUUACAUUUUGCACAUAUAAAUUUUUUUUCAAGCUAGAUGUAAUUAAGUUACAGAUGUAUAUGUUUCUCUUUUUCCGUUUUUAAAAAAGCAUUUUUUUGCCAACACAAGAAAACUGAGGCCUUACUUCAAACUACUGCGCUGGACUCUGUAACUGUUCCGUUCGCGCUCUCCCUCUCCCCCUCACUCCGGCGUUCCUGGAACUCCUCAGGGAGGAGCUUCACUCUCAGUACUACUGACUUUGUAUAAAGCAGGGGGCGUUCAUUUUCUUUCUCCCAAUUCUUUUUUUUUACAAUGCACAAAUGGUUGAUUUUUUUUAAAAAACAUGAGAAAAUGUUUGAUUUCAGUUAAGGACCUUGGAUCCUCACCGCAGAUCAUUUUUUUUCCCCGUUCUCGUAGUCCACUCCACGGCCGCAGGUGCUUCAGAGAGAACACUGCGGCCUUUUUUUAUUGUUUUUUUUGUCUUUUAUAUGUUUUCUAUCAUUCCUAUCCAGGGUAACACAACUGUGCCUGUUAAAAAAAAACUAAAUUCUAUUACGUGUUUGUACCGGGAACUUAUAUUUACCACAAUGGGGUCUGGAACAUGUGCAGCAUGAUGAUAUUAUAUAUCUAUAUUUUUUAAGUCUACUGACACGCCUAGUCAAAUGCUAUAUAUAUAUAUAUAUAUAUAUAUAUAUAUAUAUAGAACGGCCUCUUCUGGGCCGGUCUCUUCUAUUUUUGUGAGGAUUGCGUUGGGAAAUGUUCUCCGAACUUUAUCCAGAAAAGUCUGCGGCUGAUGCAGACACAUUCAGAAAAAGAGGAGCUGUUACUGCAUUCUUCCAUUAUCGAGGUCGCCGACCGGCGUGUUGGCCGGUGGAUUAUAAAAGGCCGCCUCGCGUGUUUUUAAUCUGGCCCUCAUCCCUGUGGUCCCCGUGGCGGUCCACCUCACCUCUUCCUCUCCUUCCUCCCGUUCCCUCUCCGACUCCCCGUGUGUGAUGUGUGUUAAUGCACAAGCCUGCACGGCUCCUCGUACAUGCGUCUGCCUGUACACAAGUUAAGCUAACUGGAAGCGCACGUUAAGAGUGUAGUGAUUAAGAUGAAAUAACCUCACUAACUCUCCUAAUCCUAACUCUUGUGAGAGGAGCAAAUAGUAAGUACUUUUUUUUUUUGUUGUUGUGUAUACAAUCCAAUGUAAGACAUUCAAAAACAAUCACAUCGAUGCAAUCUACGUGCCUGCCCGAAAGGUCUUCUUAGCCAGGCCGGCCUCACAGCGGUGGAGGCGGCCGUCACUGUUCGCUGCUUUGGUCCAAUUUGAAAUAUGUAUAAUAUCCAAUAUCGAUAAAUACGCAGAAGUGCGACGGGUUGAAGGAAAACCCAUCAUUAGAUCUCUGAGGUGUGGAGCCCUCGGGUCGGCUCCUUCAGUGCUCCUCCACAUUGACUUCUGAUGAAAACCGUUGGAGGGAUGAACGGCUUCCAUGUGUCGUUUGGAUGAUGGCCGUGGAGACCCCUGUCGAACACUACGCUCGGAGUGUUCGACAGCUCGGAUCAGUUUUUUUUUCCGGCUCAGCCCCGGCUCUUUGAACUGAAAAACAAAUAAAAACUGUGUGCAGUUUGUAAACAUCUCUCCUCGACACCUUAAGAGACGUGCCAGUGACAGACACCACGACUGCGGCUUUGGCCUCGUGGUUAGCGCGUCGGUGUCCAGUGUCCGAGGCUGCGGGUUCGAGCCCCCGACCAGAGCGGUCCAAAAAAACCCCCCAAAGCAACGACAAUCGAUCUGUCUCCAAAAUCGCUUCCUGCCCCUUUUAACAUCCUGUCUCUCUGCUCAUUCUAUUCUGCAUCUUUUUUCCCCCCCCCCUUUCAUGUCUCGCCCACUCCGCCGGACGGAUCGCCAACAAGUUUUGUACCGCUGAUAAUCGUCCUUUUAACUCGGGAGGCCUCCGGGGGCUGUGGCGCGGCCCCCGGGGGGCUGCAGAGAUGCGGAGCGCGGUGUGAGUGGAACCAAAGCGAUGCGGGAAUGCGAGUUUCCCCUCAGUAGCAUCUGACCUGCAGCCCUGAGCCUCUGAGCGUAUAUAUAUACUGUGUACAGCUCCGUGCUGAUAAGCAGCUCAUGCCGGUGCUGGGACGCUUGUGAGAAUGUGUUACUCCCUCUGGCCUCAGUGCGGGUUGCAGUCAUAUUUCAGCCCCAGUUACUGAUCAAAAUAUUGACGGCAGCCUCCUGUUCCAAGUCAAAAAUGUUUGUGUACCACGAACACAUAUACUGCUUGUUUAAAAAAAAAAAAAAAAAGUGUUACUUUACUUUUGAAUCAUCCUCAGGCUUGAGCUCAAUGUGUCCGGUGCGUGCGUGCGUACUUGCGUGUGAGUGUGUGUGAGAUUCUUUUGUAAGUCCCUGGCUGCGAGGGUUGAGCCCGUAUAUCUCUGACCUUCAAUGAGCACGGCCCUCACGCGCAAAAGCAUAAGUUCUCUCGGCGCACGACUCUUUCACAAUGUGGCCGGGCGAUGAAAUAAUUACAAUGUGGGAAAAAGAGGGACCGGGGGUGGGGGGGUGGGGUUUGGGGUGACAACUUCCUGUGUAAUAUCUGUAAUGCAGCUUAACUUCCACAUAUUGUACAUUCCAGAGUUUGACACCAAUAAAACUAAAGAAAUCUGUGCACAUUUAUAACAUAUUUUCAAGUGAUUUUGUUUACAAGAGCUGUAUCCUUGCAUGAGCUGAGAUUCUUUCCAAAAAAAAAGAAUAAAUAUCUUAAUUUAC